AUGCUCAAUUUGUCUAAAAUAUCGAAUUCGUCGGUACAGAAUUCCGGCUCCACUCGAGCCUUUUCUCGUCCCCCUGCAUACGUGAAAGCUGCUCAUUUGAGCCCAUCUCAUAAAUUACGUUGCGAUUUGAGUCGCCGCUGUCAGCAGCCGACCUCAGCCUGCCUCGUCUCCGGCCGGACCGUUACUGGCCUCAGCUCGAGUCGCUCCGCCCGACGGCGUCUCGGACGGCCGACGAGUCCGAGUCCCGAGUCACCGACUGCCGUCUUUCUCGGCAUCUCACCGUCUGGCCGCAGUCUCACACUCAGCCCUGUCGGCCCCAGGCCUAUGGAAUUGAGCUGCUGGCUUGUGUGUACAGCAUGGUCAGUGAAGCCAGCAGUUGUGCAUUCUUCAAGUGGUGCAAAUGUUGCCGAUACCGCCACCGUCACCACCGCAACCGGCACAAUUAGUACAACCACCCAACUGCCAAGCCCCAGCCCCCUUUAUCCGCCAACCGGCGCCAGAGUCUAG